GCGCACAACCCGUCGCGCCUGCCUGUCCUCCCUCCUCCCCCACCGAGCCGAGCCGAGCCCCCCUUCCCCUUCUUCCACCGGCCAACCCACCCCAAUUGCAACUGCACUCUCAGAUGAUGAGAUUCCUCCUCCUCUGAUCAUUCAGCCAGCACAUCCCAGCAACCUAGUCUUGGUAGGCAAAUAUAUGGUAGCUAGUGUGGUUCGGCGCCUCUAAAAGGCAGGCACACACCGAGAGCUGGUGCACGGCGGCGGCGGCGGAGCGCCCGAAUUAAGCAGCCGAACCGAGCGCGCUUGCAAGACCGCCGAAAAAGACCACCAAUCCCCUGGUCGACAACACUGCAAGGCGGGCGGGGCGUGAUGGCAGCGGCGUCGUCGUCGACGACGGCGGCGGCUGCGGGUUCCUCCCCGUACCGUUCGCGUUUCGGCGACACGACGCAGACGAAGGUGUUCGUGGGCGGGCUGGCGUGGGAGACGCCGUCGGAGGGCCUCCGGCAGCACUUCGAGCAGUACGGCGACAUCCUGGAGGCGGUGGUGAUCACGGACCGGCUCACCGGCCGCUCCAAGGGAUACGGAUUCGUGACCUUCCGGGACGCGGACGCGGCGCGUCGUGCGGUGCAGGACCCGAACCCGACCAUCACCGGGCGGCGCGCCAACUGCAACAUUGCGUCGCUGGGUCCGCCGCGGCCCGCCCAGCAGCAGCAGCAGCCUCGAGGGACGGCGUCGACCCACCUGCAGUUGCAGGGCCCGGUGCUCCAGGGCCCGCACUUCUUCCCCAGGGCUCCGCAGCCGCAGAUGCCGGGCUUGAUGCACCACCAUGGCGCCGCCAUCUACCACCACCACCACCCUGCUUCCUCUUCGCAGCAGUACGGGUACUGGUACCCACCUGACUAUCAAUACCAACAGGCGGCCAUGAUGAACCCUCAAGCGCUGCAGAACUACUACGCCCAGCUCCAGCUGUAUGGGUUGGCCUCGCCGACAGCGCCACCGCCCUACCAUCAUCAGUACGUCGGGUACAUGCCGACUCCGAGUCCAAGGGCGGUGCUCUCGCCGGCGCAGCAGCUCGCUGCCCCGCCGUACGUGCCGCUUGCGGCGGCGGCGGCGGCGCAGAUGCACGGCUCCUUCGUGCAGGUGCCUUCUCUACCGCACAACUUCGCCCUGCAGCUGCCUCCUCAUGCUGUGGCAAUGCUGCCUCCCAACCCGACGGAUCUGCAGUCAGGUGCAGGACAGGUUUACUCUGCACCUUCAGCGACGAACCCAAGUAACGCCCAUCAGGGUGCCUGAUGGCCAGUUCCCAAGUUUGGAAAAGGGAAUUCUGAAUGAUUCGAAACAACACCCUUCAUAACUGACUGCUUUUUCUGGGGCUGGGAGAAAACAAUGUGGUGGCUAAUUCAAGUUGAUUCCAUCUCGAUCGGUCUGGUGCGGACCAAGUUAUUGAUGGUCUGUAACAGUCUAUCUGGAUGUUCUUUUAUUUUUCUUUUUUGAGGGAAGUCCCUCAGUAUUCUUUGACUAUAAGACGAACCAUAAACAUUUAGUCCCGUCAGUGUUCGCGAUUCAUUUUUCCGUAUUGACAUGUAUUCACCAAAAUAAGUUUAAGAACUUUUUGUAAAAGGGGAAAUCAAAUUUCACAUGCACAUUGCA